AGUGUCCCAUGCGUGCGAAAAAACAUGACUUCGAUAUUCAACACGCGUUAUUACCGUGUAACGAAAUUUUUUACUUCGCUGGUCGGUAUAUGGCCGUUACUAUCGCAGUCCAGAAGAAGAUUUCAGCAGUUGCUCAGUGUGUUCAUAAUGUUGACAUUCUUUCCACCGCAGAUAAAGAAAUUGUAUGACGUGUGGGGGGUAGAUCUAGACACUGUGUGCGCAGGUAUAGCGCCUAUGGUGACCAUUUUAAUGAGCCUGGCUAAAGUCAUUACUAGUGCUGCAUUUCAACCAAAGAUAGAAAUGUUAUUACGUCAAAUCGAAAUGGACUGGGAGAUAGAUCCGGAAGGAGAGGAACAUAAGAUUUUAGUGAAAUACUCGUUAAGAACGAGAACAUUGAGCAUCGCUUAUUCAACUAUGUUGUGUAACGGAAUCUUAUCUUUUAUCCUAACUCCUGUUAUUGUGCCGAUAAUGGACAUAAUUGCACCAGAGAACGAAACGCGCGAGAAACAUUUAGCUUUCGAGAUGGAAUACUUCGGUAUUGAUCAACAAGCCUAUUGGCUAUGGUUAUGGCUACAUACCAAUACAACAUCAGUGACAUGUAUAUUAAAUAUCGUUGGAGCGGAUCUGUUGUACGCUAUGUUUAUCCUUUACGCUUGCUAUCUUUUUGUGUGUGUGCGACAUAAAUUGGAAAGCACUGCUAAUACAAUCGAACAAACUUUUGAAAAUUCAAUCAUGCAACCUUUUGAAAAUUAUAAUUCAAAAUACGCAUAUGAAGAUGAGCCAUGGCAACUAAAAUUAAAAAAAAGUGUCGCUAUCAUAAAAAAAUGUGCCAUUAGUCACCAGAAAGCGAUAAAAUAUGUGCAAGAACUUCAGAACAUUUAUAGAUGGGCUUUUUUCGCUAUACUAGGUUGGAACUUAUUUCUCCUAACUUUCUUGGCAGUUCAACUAGUGAGUAGAUUGGGCAAUUGGCAAUUGGUAAUGAUGUCCUUUAUGUAUAUAUGUGGUACACUGUCCCAUUUGUUUUUUCUCAGUUUGAUGGCGCAGUUUGUAAUGGAUGAAAGUUCGAAUGUUUAUGAAUCAACGUAUGCAUGCUGUUGGUAUGCUUUGCCUUUGGAGUGCCAGCAGAACGUUAAGUUGAUUUUAAUAAGAAGCCGUACACCAUGCAGGAUGAUGGCUGGAAAAAUGUUCGUAAUGUCGCUAGAAAACUUUAGUUCGAUAGUGCAAUCGGCAGUGUCCUAUUUUACGGUACUACUAUCUUUCCGAUAAAUUUUGAUAUCUUCGUUGUGUUAAAA